CCCGUAUGUCGUUUCCACGGCAGUUUUAUGGCGUCCGUAUUUCUUCAUGCCGAGUUUUUCUUAUUUAUUACUGCCUGCUACGGACAAACGAAUGAUUCAUCAAACAUACCGAGCAGUUCUUCGGCUCCGACAUUACCUUCCAUCACUACGUCAUCCAUUCAGAUGACGUCAAAAGCUGCUGUUACUUCCGCUCCAGUAACGGCCGUUUCUGCUUCUUCAGGCUCUCAAGCAAGAGCCCAAACUACAGCAGGGUUUUGUGGCUGUGAUCUCUCUCCAGCACCGGAUUGUAGUCCCAACUGUUGUUGUGAUACGGACUGUAGUGAGGGAGAUGUUGCUGUGUUUACAGCCUGCCUUGAUGCAGUGAAUAGGACCAACGAUCGUGUUUGUGUGUCCGAGCACAUCAUCGCAAUAUCAAACGUAAAAUACCAAACCGAGAAGACAAACAACCCAAGCUUAUUCUGCGUAUACACAGACAACAAUCCCAGUAGAAAAGACUUUGCUACACCUGAUCUUGUCACAUCAACGGAUGAUUUUGAUUCUCGUGUGUCUGACUUUUCUACACAUUCGUUUCAAAUAGAACAGACGAGUGCCACAGUGCCUGGGCAAUACUACAGGUUCGGUGAUCCCAUUGUCACGGUCUUGCCUUCAGAUUUUCAAGCCUAUUUUAGUCUACCGAAAGCGUUAGAUACAACUGAAUGCAGAGACACCAACAUGGCCGCAUUCCUCAAGAAUGAGGUGACCGAAUGCAUUCGAAUUGUUGGUGACUUGGCCACCGAUUGUGCAUCGUUGCCUGCACUUGAUUCGAACUCGUACUCUCAAGGCUUUAAAGUAGCUCAGUUUCCUGUGUUGAAAUCAUCUCCCACCGGAAACGGCUCUCAAGCAAUAUUCAACGGCUCAAACACGAUACCUAUUCACAUUGAUCAUCCAAUCAACUGCAUCGUAUCAGAGAAUCCUCGCAUCACAAGAGCCUGCAAUAUCAACGACACCCUACCACACCCCGUCUACAACAUUCUAACCAAUCAGUGUGACAAUGUAGCAAGAGAGAUUUCGUAUGUCAUCACUCAUAAUGCAACAGAAGGCAUCGUCUCUGUCUCACUUUCUCUCGCUCUCGCCUCCGUCCCUUCAUCAUCCUUCCCUCUUACACAAAAAUACAGCAUCCACUUUCACAAAGUCGAUUCCCUCAAUGCAGCAUCCUACACGAGGUCGGGAAAUCCGGGAUAUAUUGUAGGUAAACCGGUCAUCGCUGCCAGGCUGGUGGCUGGCGGAACCGCCGGGUCUCAGGCUGUCCAGCUUAGUCCUCAGCCAUUGAACUGGUUGACUGUUGUCGAGCCGCCGGUCGCGGGUGGAGACUGCCUGGAGAUUCAUGAGCGUCGAUCCGUAUUGUUCGGCGAGGACUUGCGAACGGGUUGUGUGAUGAGAGUUACGUUUGACAACAUCACCCAGUCUUGUCCAUUUCUUCAAACUCUGUCUACUACUCUACUGCGGGGCGGCGAUAUUCCGACUCACGUUGCCGUUUUUGGAAAUCCUGAUCCGGCAAACUUGGCAGACUGGGUGACGCUGCUGGUAGAACGGCCACCAACAGCUGGGACUGCAGAUCCAGGCUCUGGUGUCUGUCCAAAUGUUCCGGUAAACGUCCAUCUAGAGAUCUUGUAUGCUCUCACUGGGUCGUUCACUGACCCUCAAGCUAAGAUUAUAGGAGCUCGGUUCAGUUACAUCACACAAGACAUUCAAUUCCGAUGCACCAUGCCAUUCUGUCAGCCAAAAUUUUCACAAAUGACUCAACUCAUCGAGUUCUCCAGCACCGUUGCUUUCAUCGACGUGUCCAACCCACCCAGACAGCUUCUUAAGCCACCGUUCCGGGUGUCAACAGAACUGCCAGCCGAUUUCUUUUAUCCGUUUUAUGGAGGAGCUGCUCAACAUCAACACACAUGGACGUUAGUGCUAGUUGGUGUGUUUGUUAGUGUGGCAUCCACACUCACGGUUUAUUGCUAGCUGUUGUACAGCUGGAUUAUGUUUUGAUCGUAGAAUGUUGGUAGAAAGUCUACGGCCUAGCUACAGUGUACAGAUACUCAAUGACUCAAAUACAAUGAUACAAAUCGUAUUA